CUCGGCGACCAUUUUCGUUUUGUAUUAACUGCUUGAAAUUUUUAGUGAUAGUUGUGCCCUCUUUAUGGCGACAACAUAAAUGAUCCCAUCACGAUGACGUGAAGCAUCUCUUUCUUAAAAACAUGGAAAAGAUGAUAGUUUUAUUUCGGUAAAUUUGGUGACCAGAGGCUAAAUUUCUUGGGGUGUGUUUUGGAAGGUGGUCUGACAAAAAGAUGACUACAUGUGUAGACUCUUUGUCUCUAGCUCUCGGGCAAAUUAGCUUUGCAGUCAACGAUUUAACCAAAAAGAAUUACAAAGCGACCUUAAAAGAAAUACACGAGCUUAUUGAAAAACAUGGCUUUGAGGCAGAGCGUCACUUAUUCCGUUGCUUAUUCUCUUUUAUUGACUUUGCUGGUGAUGGAAAGAAUAACGGCAAAGACUUCCUGCAGUGCCAGUUCCUAAUUCAAGAAUGCCAGAUGCUUGUUUCCAAACCGAACUUUUCCUCCAUUUUGUGUUACGCCAUCGAGACGCCAGAACAUAAGCAAAGGACGCUGAGACCUUCCCAACAGUUACUGCCAAAUAUUAGCAGAGUAUUGAAGCUAAACAAAGUACAAGAGGUAAUAUUUGGCCUUAGCCUUUUAAGUUCCUCAAAUGAUGAUUUAAAAAACCAUGCUGGCCAAUUUGUCAAACACAAGUUGCCUGACCUUUUGAGAUCAUACACUGAUGCAGAUGUUGGAGGUGUACAGGAAGGAGGCUUGACUGAUGUUGCUAUUGAAGUGUUACAUCGCGUUUUGUCUCAUGUGAUCCAUGGACCAAGAGAACAGGUUGGAGUUGGAGAUGAUCAAGUGUCUACCUUCUUGGAAACCCUAAAGAAAGAUUUUCCCAAAGAACGUGUGCCUGUAGUCCUUGCUCCUCUUCUUUAUCCCGAGACAAAGGAUAUUUCAACUGACAACCUUUUUCCAGAGCCAUCAACUCCUUCAAAAGUAGUGAUGGAAGAUGAUUUGGCUGAUCUUAUGCUGGAAAUAGGAUAUUCAAGCUGUGCAAGUGUUGAAGACUGUCAAGAUACCUUGACUAACUUUGGUGUUCAAGACAUCACACCAGCAUCAGUAGCCAGAGUACUUGGGAUGAUGGUCAAAACAGUGUUUGGUCUUGGUGAACAUGUUAUUGUACAGAAUUAUGGAAAUAGUUCAGUUUCAUUAGACAAAUUGGGACUCAGUGAACUUACCCCAGGUCCUGCUACAUGGAAUGUGGAAGUUUUUGUCCAAGCAUUGAGGGAAGUGAUUCCAUUAUUCAACUGGCGUCAAGUGAUUCAAGAGUUAGAUUAUCCUGAGUUUGUUGUUCCGAGUCGGGAAGGGCUUCAGCUAUUGUUAACUGCUUGUCACAGGGGACUGAUGGAGAUAUUUCCAGUGGAUGUUCUCUACAGAACCUGGACCAACACAGAAGGCCAGCUUUCCUGGAUCCAACAGAUCCUUGCCAGUCCAGAUCUGUUCUGUUUUGCUGACUAUCCAUGUCACACAGUAGUAAUAGACCUACUUAAGACAGCCCCUGAGGAUGAUAAUAGAGAGAUUGCAACAUGGAAAUCUCUCAAUCUGUCAGAAACCUUGUUAAGACUAGCAGAGGCUGGUCACUACGACACAGUAAAAUCUUUGUUUAAUUUUCCUUUGAAGCACUGCCCAGAUGUUCUGCUGCUUGCCUUGCUGCAGAUAAAUCCUCUAUGGCUUUCACUUCGCAAUGAGCUUGUGUCACAACUCAUCCCAGUGUUUUUGGCUAACCAUCCCAACUCUGGCAGUGUUUUGCAUUAUGUGUGGCAUGGUCAGGGCCAAUCAGCAUCAAUUCGCCAACUCGUGAUGCAAGCCAUGGCAGAAUGGUAUGUGAAAGGAGACAUGGAUCAAGGAAGGCUAUCCAGGAUCUUGGAUGUGGCUCAGGACCUUAAGGCCCUGUCCAUGCUUCUGAAUGGAUCUCCAUUUGUGUUUGUAAUUGACCUUGCUGCUCUGGCAUCACGCCGAGAAUACCUUAAGUUGGAUAAGUGGCUAAAAGACAAACUUAAAGAGCAUAAGGAGGAAUUUGCUCAAUCAUGUAUUGUUUUCUUGAGACGUCGCUGUCCCUCUUUGCUCGGGGUUACCAUUGACAAGGAACUUCCAAAGAGUGCUCAGCUUCCUCAGGAGACAGUGGUUACCAUGCUUUCAUGCCUCCAGGCAUUUUUAAGUCAAGCACCUCCAGAACUUGCAGAAACCAUCAGUCAGAUGUUGACUAACCAUGGUCCCCUGGUGAAGGCGCGACCUAGUGCUGCUGUGGUUGGAAUUCCAUUCAAGAGACAAGGAAGCUUGGAUGCAGGACUACCUCCAAACCUUUCUGGCCAGCUUGACCCUCUGACAGGGCUCAACAUCCCUCAGUCACCUCUCCCUACAACCCCAGCCACACCCACCACCCAGUUACCAUCAUUCCCACCCCACCCCCUCACUGGUUCUGUACUCGGACCCACAAGCAGCCUUGGAGCUGUUGGUAGCAUGAGCACAGGUCUGCCCCAGGCGGUACAAAAGCCACAGUCUCAGCUUGGACAGCUUCCUCUUACAACACCAGCAACAUCAAGCUCAGGGCUACAGUCCCCAAGUUUCAGCUCUUCGCAGAAUCCCCUGUUGUCGCAGCUUCAUCAAGCAGGUGGGCUAGGACAGUCUAUUGGUGGAUCAGCACUGGAUGCCAGGCUCUUAGUAGGCCUUGGAAUCCAGAAACAGCUUGGGGGCUCUUUACUACAGCAACAACAACAGCAACAGCAAAGUGCUCUCCUCUCUCAGUCAAGAAAUCAGGCAGAUAAAUUACGACAAGCUGCUUCCACAGCAGAUGUUGCUCAAGUGUGGCCAGGUAUGGAUCAGUCCUUCACAAAAGAAGUAGAGGAUGAGGCGAACUCAUACUUUCAGAGAAUUUACAAUCAUCCCCCGAAUCCUACCAUCAGCAUUGAUGAGGUGCUCGAAAUGCUGAAGAAAUUCAAAGAUUCACCUGUCAAGAAAGAGAGGGAUAUUUUUCUCUGCAUGCUUCGCAAUUUGUUUGAAGAGUACAGAUUCUUUCCUCAGUAUCCAGACAAAGAGCUUCACACAACUGCUUGCUUGUUUGGGGGAAUAAUUGAGCAGGGACUUGUAACGUACAUGGCCCUUGGAAUUGCUUUGCGUUAUGUCCUGGAGGCCUUGAGGAAACCGUUUGGCUCAAAAAUGUACAUGUUUGGAAUAGCUGGGCUCGAUAGAUUCAAGACAAGGCUCAAAGACUACCCGCACUACUGCCAGCAUCUUGCAUCAAUCCCGCAUUUUAUGGAAUUCCCGCCCACGUUAAUAGAGUACAUUGAGUAUGGACAGCAAUCCAGAGAGCCACCAAUGGGGAGCAGAAAUGUACAGGACCCUUUGGCGUCAAGAUUGCUCAACCGAGCUACUCCAACUCUGACCAGUGUAUCAGGUACCUCGACCUUCACCAGCACAGCAGUCAGCAGACCGGUUCCACUUGGUCCUUCCAUUCCCUCCAUCCCGUUAGGUUCAGGACCAGUGCCAUCAUUACCUCUGGUCCCCUCUGUCUCUUCAACUAACACUGCUGUAUCGUCGCCUUCUAAACCAGUGACAACAUCAGCUGCAUCUCCCGUUCGAGGCAAGGAACCAUCCAUUGCCACUGCAAACAAUAUUGAUACCUUACUGGGUGCUACGGAAUCGAGUGAAAUAGUUCAACCACCAGAAAAUAUUCAAGAUAAAGUACAUUUUAUCUUCAACAAUAUCUCCCAAGCCACUCUGUCACAGAAGGCUGAAGAAAUGAAAAAUCUUGUCCAGAAUGAGUACACUUUGUGGGUAUCACAAUACUUGGUGAUGAAGAGAGCCAGCAUUGAACCUAAUUUCCAUCAGCUGUACUUGGAGUUUAUGGAAUCACUCGACAUUACAAACUUUUCAAAGGAAGUGCUUAAGGAAACAUACAGAAACAUCAAGGUGCUUCUACAGUCCGACAAAGUCCCGGCAAACUUCUCUGACCGAUCGUUGCUAAAGAACCUCGGCCACUGGUUGGGACUCCAGACCUUGGCCAGAAACAAACCUAUACUAAUGAAGGAUCUUGAUGUAAAGUCGUUGAUUAUCGAAGCGUACUUUAAAGGACAGCAGGAAAUGCUCUAUGUUGUUCCAUUUGUGGCGAAAAUCAUAGAAUCCUCAGCCAAGAGUAGAGUGUUUAGGCCGCCCAACCCGUGGGUGAUGGCCAUCAUGUCAGUGUUGGUUGAGCUGCAUCAAGUACCUGACUUGAAGCUGAAUCUUAAAUUUGAAGUAGAAGUCCUUUGCAACACGUUAUCCAUUGAGAUGAAGGAAAUUAAAGCUUCAGAGCUGCUUAAGGAUCCUGAAAAACUGAAGCACAUCCCUCACCAGUUGUCUUCUCCAGAGAAAGACAAACAGCCUGCGGCUAGUAGCAGUUCUACGCCCACCCCCACAGGUUCAUCUCAACAAGGACAGCCUCCUGUGGCACCUCCACCCCCUCAGUAUUCAUAUCAGGAGAUUAAUGUAGCCUCACUCGCAGGGCUGGCACCACACAUUCAGGUUAACACGCAGAUCCCACUGUUCCAGCAGCACCCACAUCUUAAACAGUUUGUACGUCCAGCUAUUGAGAGAGCCGUGCAAGAGCUUGUUCAUCCAGUGGUGGAGAGAUCCAUUAAGAUUUGCCUUACCACAGCUGAGAUGAUAGUGAAGAAGGAUUUUGCCUUGGAUCCGGAAGAGUCCCGAAUGAGAGCCGCGGCCCAUCACAUGGUCCGCUUCAUGACAGCAGGCAUGGCUCUGAUCACGUGUAGGGAACCGCUCCUUAUUAGCAUCAAUAACAAUCUUAGAUCGAACUUCCAGGCUGCUCUGAGAGGUGCUAACCAGCAGCAAAAGGAAUUGAUUGAACAAGCUGCAUCUGUCAUCAGUGAGGAGAACACAGAACUGGCGUGUGCAUUCAUUCAGAAGACAGCGGUAGAGAAAGCUUUACCUGAGAUGGACAAACGUCUCACUACAGAGUUUGACGUUCGUCGCCAUGCUCGUAGUGAGGGACGGCGGUACUGUGAUCCAGUGGUUUUAACAUAUCAGGCAGAGCGCAUGCCUGAACAGAUUCGACUGAAGGUUGGUGGAGUAAACGCCAGUCAAACAGCUGUGUAUGAAGAGUUUGCACGAAGUAUUCCUGGAUUCCAACCUCCAGCUGCAGGCGAAGCCAUCUCCACUCCACCUUUGCCGAAACCUGUCCAGUACGAACAUGGAAUACUCGGCAAUGCUGAGGCCUUUAUGCCUGAGGAGGUGGUACAGAUUCUCGGUAAGUGUGCAGCAGAAAUCGAACAACAUCUGCACGCCAUCAUCGCUCCGCCCACCAAUCAGCAUGUCGUCACUAUACACAGCCUGCUGGACGCUGUAGUGCAGGCGCGAAUUUCAAGAGACAACAUGACUGCUCUGAGGCUGUUACACAAGGCUGUAGAGGGUCUUCUUGAAGGAGUUGCACCAUUAGCUACUGAUGCAGAGUUGUCUCUAAGAUAUCGUGAUUGUCACCUGAUAGUACUUAGAGGACUACAGGACCCCAGAGGAUACGGACCCAUGUGGACCGCCCGUCACGUGACCAAGUUCGUGUGUGAUUGUCCACCUGACUUGAAGUUUAAUGUAGACGCCAUUGACAUUUUGAUCCGUAGCCACUUGAUCAAUAUGAGAGAGUUUGAUCUUCAUCUUGUUCAGUGUAUUGACAAUGGUCACAAUCUGCAGGCACUUCACUUUGCUAUUCAGCUUGCUAAAUACGUUUCCGAUGAGAAGCACAGCCCACAUGUCACAGAGAAUGAUCUUUAUCACACAAUUGAAGCUCUAACGAGGAUAGCUCACAGCAGGCAGAAUAAUGAAGGCUUGUCCUCUUUGUUGGAAGCCUCACACAAUGGCCCUCCUUCCCAGUCUGUCGGCGGAGGGCACCACGAAAUGGGUGACAACAAGGCACCUGGAGGGCCUACAUCUUUGACCUCGAGUGUGUCAUCAGGUGUGAGCUCCAAUUUCCAUGGUUACGAGGAUCCACCUGGUCUGCACGAAAAGGUGGAGUACUUGUUACGAGAAUGGGUGCGGCUUUGCCAUCAGCCCGGAGCAGGGAAGGAAAGUGAGAAGGCCUUCUCAACAUUCGUUGCCCUGCUUCAUCAGCAAGGCAUUCUGAGAACUGAUGAUCUGAUCACAAGGUUUUUCCGGAUCAGUACUGAGUUGUGUGUGGAGGUGACAUACAGAGCUUUGGGAGAUCAUCCCAACAGCCCCACCAUGGCGAGGGCCAAGUGUCACAACACCCUGGAUGCUUACUGUCGUUUGAUAGCGCUCCUGGUGCGUCACUCAGGAGAUGCCUCCAACAAUGUGACCAAGAUUAACCUCCUCAGCAGAGUCCUUGGCACAGUCGCUACGGUGUUAUUCCAAGAUCAUGAGAUUCGUCACACGGAGUUUCAACAGCUGCCUUAUCACAGAAUCUUUAUAAUGCUGCUUGUAGAGCUAAACCAACCCGAACCCAUCCUGGAAGCUAUAAAUUUCCAGGUCCUGCAAACUUUUAGCACUGUGUUCCAUGCCCUCCGGCCAUCCCGUGCAUCAGGGUUCGCAUACGCCUGGCUUGAGCUCAUAUCGCAUCGCCUCCUGAUGUCCAAGCUGCUUCUAAACACACCGCAGCAGAAGGGCUGGGUUUUGUUUCAACAGCUGCUAAUCGAUCUUUUCAAGUUUUUGGCUCCAUUCCUGAGGAACGCUGAGUUAGCUAAACAGACUCACUUGCUUUAUAAGGGUACACUACGCGUGUUGUUGGUCCUGCUUCAUGACUUCCCAGAGUUCCUAUGUGAUUACCACUUCAGUUUCUGUGACGUCAUCCCUCCCAACUGUAUUCAGAUGAGGAAUCUUAUCCUUAGUGCUUUCCCUCGGAACAUGAGACUCCCAGACCCCUUCACGCCAAAUUUGAAGGUUGAUUUGCUGACUGACAUCGCUCAUUCGCCACGUAUCCUGACAAACUUUGCCUCUGCUAUCCAGCCUGCGAACUUCAAAAAGGAUUUAGAUUCGUAUCUGAAGACACGUGCUCCAGUAACCUUCCUGACGGAACUCAGAACGCAUUUGCAGGUAUCCAAUGAAGCUGGAACGCGUUACAACGUACCUUUGAUGAAUGCCUUGGUCCUUUACGUCGGAACGCAAGCCAUUACUUACAUUCACAGUAAGAGCGGUACCCCAUCCAUGUCAACCAUCACUCAUUCGUCGCACAUGGACAUCUUCCAAAAUCUGGCUGUGGAUUUGGAUACCGAAGGUCGAUACCUAUUCUUAAAUGCGAUUGCAAAUCAGCUGCGUUAUCCAAACAGCCACACACAUUACUUCAGUUGUGUUCUGCUGUAUCUCUUUGCUGAAGCAAACACAGAAGCCAUUCAAGAACAGAUUACAAGGGUAUUGCUGGAGCGGUUGAUUGUGAACCGACCUCAUCCUUGGGGACUACUGAUCACCUUCAUUGAACUCAUUAAGAAUCACCAGUACAAAUUCUGGACGCACGAAUUUGUUCACUGCGCUCCGGAAAUCGAAAAGUUGUUCGAAUCCGUUGCACGUAGCUGCAUGCAGCAGAAACAGGCACCGCCCAGAGAUACUGCUGAAAACCGAGAGUGAACACACAAGAAACAAGCUGUAAAUUUGUACAACAGGUUUCAAGAGAUCCAGUCCUUAUGACAUUGAAGUUUUUGACAAUUUGUAAUUUUUGUAUCGUAGAAUGCUGAAUAAAACAACGCUUUGGAGAGUA